AUGUGCGGAACAAGGAAGAUCCAUCGAAAUGCUGUACUCUCCUUGUCCUUGGAUCAGUUUUUCGUUGAAACCUUGCCUCGCGCGAGAGAGGUUGGUCAGUCCUACGUAACCAGCGUCUUCACAACUCUGAUUGCGCUUUUGGCGUCCAUCCGAGUAGUUCUGAAGCACUGUCCUAGGCUGGUACUUUGCAAUGGCCCGGGUACAUGCAUUCCCAUCUGCUUUGUAGCUGGUUUUGUUCAGUUGUUCAUGCGUAAGCGCACAGCACUGGUGUUCGUAGAGAGCAUCUGUCGUACGCAAACGCUUUCCUUGUCUGGCAAAAUCCUCUACUACUGUCAUCUAGCCAGGGUAAUCGUACAAUGGCCGGAGUUGUUGAAGGUGUACCCGCGUGCUGAGUAUCUUGGCCUAUUAUCCUAG